AUGUGAAUUCGAUAGAUUAGGGCCUUAUGAAUUUAUCUCAAUUGACUGAUUUCCUUAUAUGAACUGUAACUCAGUAAAAUCUUUUAAAUUGUUGCGUUUAUAUUUUUGUUCAGUAUAGCAGAAGCUACUAUGCCUUGCAGGAAGUAGACUGGUUGCCAGGCAAGUUCCACUCGCAAAGGAAAACUAGCUUGGAGGAGAGUAUGAUCCACUGUUGAGGACUAAACUCCACGGUGAAGGAAGUUUAGUCCGCUACGGAGAAAACGACGCAGAAGAGAAACUUCAGCAAUUAUUUAAAAGUAACUUGCAAGAAGCUUAUAUCCUGCAUCAAAAAUGUCAGUCGCAGGCUUCAAGAAACAAUUUUACAAAGCAAGCCAGAUGGUCAGUGAGAAGGUCGGAGGUGCAGAGGGAACCAAGCUGGAUGAAGACUUCAAAGAUCUGGAGAAGAGGGCAGAUGUGACCAGUAAAGCAGUGGUGGAUGUCAUCUCUAAAACAUCGGAGUACCUGCAGCCCAACCCAGCGUCCAGGGCCAAGCUGACCAUGCUGAACACGGUGUCUAAGAUGCGGGGCCAGGUGAAGAGCCCUGGCUAUCCCCAGGCUGAGGGGCUGCUGGGGGAGAGCAUGGCCAAGUUCGGACGAGAGAUUGGAGAGGACACCAACUUUGGUGGCGCCCUGGUGGAUGUGGGCGAGUCCAUGAAGAGGCUUGCUGAGGUCAAAGAUUCCCUGGAUAUCGAUGUCAAACAGAACUUUAUCGAUCCACUGCAGGCCGUCGUCGACAAGGACAUCAAAGACAUCCAGCACCAUCUGAAGAAGUUGGAAGGCAGGCGUCUGGACUACGAUUAUAAGAAGAAACGCCAGGGGAAGAUCCCAGACGAGGAGCUGAGAUCAGCCCUGGAGAAGUUCCACGAGUCCAAAGAGAUGGCAGAGAGCUCCAUGCACAACCUGCUGGAGACUGAUGUAGAGCAGGUGAGUCAGAUGGCUUCUCUGGUCGAGUCACAACUGCAAUAUCACAAACAGGCUGUGCAGAUUCUGGAGGAGCUGACUGACAAACUCCGAGACAGGGUGAACGAGGCCCAGUCUCGCCCCAGGCGUGAGUACACUCCUAAACCCAAAGCCUCCUUUGACUACGAAGAGCAGGAGCAUUCAAAUGGAGAGUACUCCCCCUCUGCCAACCCCACUUCAUACUCCUCAGACGUCACGUCCUUCCACAGAACACGGUCCAUGAAGAACAGUCGACACUCCUCUGAGCCGUGCGCUAAGGCCCUUUAUGACUUCGAGCCAGAGAACGAGGGUGAGCUGGGCUUCUGCGAGGGCGACAUCAUCAUGCUGACCAACCGCAUCGACGAGAACUGGUUGGAGGGCACUAUCCGCGGCCAAUCAGGAUUCUUCCCCAACAACUAUGUGGAAGUGGUGGUGCCCCUGUAACACUGACAGAACAAGAGGAGGGAUGAGGAGUGGGAGGGAGGGGGAAGGGAGAGAUGAGGGAGGGGGAAGGGAGAGAUGAGGGAGGGGGAAGGGAGAGAUGAGGGAGGGGGAAGGGAGAGAUGAGGGAGGGGGAAGGGAGAGAUAAGGGAGGGGGAAGGGAGAGAUGAGGGAGGGGGAAGGGAGAGAUGAGGGAGGGGGAAGGGAGAGAUGAGGGAGGGGGAAGGGAGAGAUGAGGGAGGGGGAAGGGAGAGAUGAGGGAGGGGGAAGGGAGAGAUGAGGGAGGGGGAAGGGAGAGAUGAGGGAGGGGGAAGGGAGAGAUGAGGGAGGACAGCGGUAGAAGAUGGGGGGCAUCUCAAAAGUCUAAAAUGACUUCCUCCUGUUGAUGAUCACUGAUCUAAAUAAAGCAGGACAAGGAAAUAUCGGUGUAAGAAAAUAAAACGAGAGAGGUCACCUUAGAUUGAGAUUCACCUAAAGAUGGAUGGAUAGAAAAAGUGGGAGGAAGAUGUUGAUGGAGAGAAAGGUUAGCACAAGGAAUGUGUAUCUUUGUUUUCAUUCUCUGUACACUACACCUCUCUUACCGGGACAUAUGGAGAUGGGGUUACUAGAGGAGAUAUUUGUCAUUAUGGGUGACCUGUACCCAUGAACACUACCAGAGGUGUGCUUUAAGCACACCUAGAAAAAAACCUGCAACAAAAUUGCCUUGAAAUUGUUACCUUUAAUCACCUAUUUACUUUAUAGACCCUUAAUUCUAGGGGAAAUGGUUAAAUAUGUUUUGUUCUUCCACAAUUGGGAAUCUUUGCAUGAAAAUCUGGUUCAUUUUAAUGCACAGUCUUUUUCUUAUAUAAAAACACAAAAUCCAUACACACCAAUUAUUUUCCUCCCUGGCAUGGAGAGUUAGAUAUAUCUUGGCUUUAGCUGUCCUAUGCUGCCCUCUGGUGGUCUAAGCCUGUUAUACCUUCAGGAGUAGGAUGUAGUUGCCCUGACUGAUCUAAGUUCAGUUGAGUAUGUUUCCCACUUAUGGUUAAGGUUAGGAUGUACGGACUGUAAGCUGAUCCUAGAAAUGUGCCCAGGGGCUAGUCCUGCAUGGACCUCAGUGCUGAUUUUUGUUUAUUUUAUGGUCCUUUUUCUAAUUCAUCCCAUACCUGGUAAAUGUGAUUGUUCAGCUUUUCUCUGGGUCUAAACUUACGUGAAGAGUUGGCCUGUUUGCUUACCUAUUUCUACUAAAGCCAACGUUGCCAUUUCCUUGGCAAGGCAAAUAUAUGGUGUUGUUGGAAACAGUUGGGCACCUAGGCUAGUAAAUAACUGUAGUGAAUGGUCAUUGUCUGUUGGUAUACACACAGCUCUGCAGGCCAGGUAUACCAUGUCUCUAAACACUAUAACAUUAUCUCCGUUUAGUACUGUUACGGCUGCAAGGCUGCCUUUCAUUGACUGGGAAGAUCUCAAUUGCUUUCUCCUCGUCUCCUGCUCAAACCCAUUGGAUGAGAAAGCCAGCCGGUCUGUCCCCUCUGACCUUUUCUUCCAAUGGGUUUCGAGAAAAAGGAGUAUGCAAUUGAGAUCUUCCUUUUGUCUGCUAUACCCCUUUGCCUCCCUCUUCUGUCUGUCUCUUAUUUUUGCUAACUUUUAUAUGGUCAAAAGAUGAAAAAGGGAAACGUUCCAUUGCCCACCCAAGUGCUUUGUUCUGUUUGUUGUGUUCUAACUUAGAUUUGAAGCCAUCUGUGCCUUCUGGCUUAACCCUGUGUGCCUGAGGGCUGAAGCCAAAGUAACAGUGUAGAGUGACCUCCUAUUAUUCACUUGCUACAGUCAGUUUGCAUACAGUGUGUUAGUGGUGCUUGGAUCAGCUGUUUUUAACACCCGCAAUUACUAAUAACCCAUCCGCAACCGCCUGACUGAUAAAGUGAACGUCCGAGGCCCGUCCCUAAACCGCAAAUAUAGAAAAUGCACUAUAGGCUAGUCAGACUGCAAGAAUAUUUUUUGGGACCGAGGGUGCAGGGACUUGUUUUUGGACCGAGGGUGCAGGGACUUGUUUUUGCCUUAUUUAGACAUGUUUCUGCUUAUGAUUUCUGACAUUUUGGAAGGCUAUUUGUUAGUCAACUUGUCUAUAAUUAUAUAUAUACAGCUUCUCUUCUGUCAUAUGUUGCCCUACAAUACUAACUAAACCCUUGCUUUCUAGAAUGUCAUAAAUCAAUAGAAUGAAUGCUUCAAUCUAGUUAACUUCGGUAAAGUUUCACAGAGCAAAGACGUUUAGCGAUUGGAGAGAAAAUGCAAUAACAACAUUUUAUAUUUUUUAGUUUUAUGUGCAAGAUUCCCAAAUGACAUCAGUUUGACUAGGAAAUAGAAAGCUGUGAACAACCUAACAUGUUUUUGACAAGGUUUCAGUUCGGCUUGGAUGCAAAUUAUGUGGUUUGAAAUUGUAGCAUUCACAUUCUCUCAAGAUGCUGAAAAAAAAAAAAAAAAAUCUCCAGUCCUGUUCCCAAGUCCACGUAUUUCCUACAUUUAGUGUAUAAUUUUACUGCAAGACAUGCUUAAUUCUGCAGGAGUUCAUAUUAAGUAUGAGGUUAUAGAUCUGCACACAGUCAGUGUCCAGAUUUCAGUUUCCAUCUAACCCAUCUGAACAGCAGGCUACAGUUCCCUUGACGUGCCAUAGGCCUAUUUGAAGGCCGUCUUGGCUGGCUAUUUUUUUUGUGCCUCACAAUCAUCAGAUGUAUAAACUCCCAGCAAUUUAAUGGGUAUUUACCAACGUUUCAGGAAUCACUGUGCCUUCCUCCUACCCUCCUACCCUGAGGAAGGCACAGUGAUGCUGAAAUGUUGGUAAAUACCCAUUAAAUUGCUGGGAGUUUAUACAUGGAGUGCGCAACUUUAUUUUGAUAGUUUAUUCGCCGUUAGUCAGCAACUCCACACAAACCAUUUUUUUCUGGGUGUUCGCCAGCUCAUGUUUUUUAAUUCACAACCAUCACAUAACAUAGCUGGCACUAUCAUCCUCUUUUACCGCCUCACCACAUCUUUCCCAAACACUACUUUUCUGGCCCUCCCUUCUCUUUAUUUUCAACUCUCCUUUUGUAGCUUUUCUCUUAUUGAAACUCCAACAUUGUCCUUUUUGCCUCCAUGGAUUGAAUUUUUUUCUGCCUGUUCCUAAAAGUGAUUGGUGUAUAGGCUAGUUGCCGUGCGUACAGGUAGGCCCUAAAGUUUAGGCUUAAUGCACUAAUGCCAGAUAGCCUAAAAUAAUGAAAGAAAUACCUCAAUGUAGCCUGACGAUAUAAAUUGCACAAGAACGAUACAUUUAUGGAUUUUUUUUUUCUUUAUUCAACCCACCCGCCUACAACCUGCCCUUCAUCCACACAAUAUUGAAUGUCCCUAAACCCAUCUCUUCAGAGGAUAUAACCACGGACUGUUCCAUCCAACCCGCUGCCAAAAGGGGAUUUGAAACAAGGGUUGUUUUUGUAUUUACACGUGUCACCCCAUGGUGUGGAUGGGUGGGAGAGACAGGAAAUAGUACUGUAUAUGACCAUGGACGUUAUUAGUCUUACUGGGUGUUUCAAUUCAAGCUACGCCUUUUACCCAGAGCCUCAGAACUGUGAUGAGCCCUACCCACAGCCAAUAACUGUCUACCCUCGUUAUCUAGUUGUGGAAUUGUAAGUGGAACAUACGCAUUGUUUUUAUGUCGAAAUAGGCACAGGACAGCUUAUACCCUACCCCCACUCACUGGCUAUCUGCCCCCAUUCCGCUGCCCCCUCGCCUCCUACCCUUCUCACACCUGCCCCGUUCUCCCAUUUUCAUCCCUAAACCCCCUUCCGACAUCUCUUAAUCCACCCCCUCAAACACUGUCUCUCAAAGGUCAUGACAUAACCCCCCCCCAUCUCCCUCUCCACUACUACCCUCCACUCCUUCCCUAGAACAUGCAGCUCUACCAAAAAAAACGACUAUCCUAUGUGCAUAAACUAAACACGUUCCACCUAACUUAAUGUUUACAUGUCUCUUGGGCUAUAUUUGUUGUGUUAACAUGGGUUUCAGUGCCUCUGUAGGUGAUUAAUGUUCAGGUGUGGGUUACCACAUCCCAUUAGCCUAAAUAAAAGGAACUAGGCAGGCAGGGGGGGAAGGAGCUCCAGUUGUCUAAGUACCUUGUUUACCGGUGUCUAUGAGUAAUGUAACAAAGGGCUCAGAUCAAGCAUGUCCGUUUUUGCGGACUGGUGUCGUUGUCUUCAACUAUUCUAAUGCCGUUGCUGACAAUCUAUUUAUGUUUUUCACACUACAUUCGAAGAUGGGUAUUUCUACCAAAUCCCACAGGAGUAUCAUAUUUUGAUAUUACGAGUAUUAUCUUAAUAGCAGCUUUAUUUUAAUAUACAGAGUCAUUUUGUGAAGUGUCCAUUGUAAAUUGCUCGUUGCCUGCAUGUGUCUAUAGGUUGUGUGUCUUGCUUCAGCGAUGAUGCCUUAUUUUGAGGCUCUGUGUUUUUGGUAAUUUACGCUCUCUGUGGAUCGAGGUUUGAACCAAGGCAGGAUUAUCUUUAUGUGCAUUCUUUUAUUAUCUUUGUAUUGUCAUUUAUUGUAUAUUUUUGCGACGAUGUAAAUGGGGAAUGUUGUCCGAUCACUUCUUAAAUAAAUAUGAAGGAAAAUGAAGUGGC